AUGAUUGUUUCAAACCUUUUUUGGAGUAGGCUUGUUUUAAAAAAUGCAAGUCAAGUAAAAAGAAAAAUAAAUGAGCGAUUGUUUAGCCAUUCGUCGUUUUUGAAAGCAGCAAACAUUCUCGAUGGAAAACAAUUGUCUAGAAAAAUGCAGAAUUCUGUUGCUGAAGAGGUUGAACGGUUGAAACGAAUGGAUGAAAAAUAUCAUCCUUCCCUCGCAAUCGUUCAGGUUGGUAAGAGGGAAGAUUCCAACGUAUACGUCCGCAUGAAAGAGAGGGCAGCCAAGAAAAUUGGCAUUGCAUACAAGCAUUAUGCAUUUCCUGAUAGUAUUAGCCAAUCUACCCUAUUGCGUGAAGUACGAAAGUUAAACAAUGACCAGAGUGUCCAUGGAAUUCUCGUUCAAUUACCACUUCCUCGUCACCUCAAUGAGAAAACCGUUACUGAAUCCAUUCUAGCUGAAAAAGAUGUUGAUGGUUUUGGUGCUGUGAACAUCGGUAUGCUUGCAAAAAACACGUCAACACCCAUCCAUGUUCCUUGCACACCCAUGGGGGUUAUGGAGUUGCUCCAUCAGUAUAGCAUUCCCAUUGCCGGUAAAAAUGCAGUCAUCCUUGGGAGAAGCGAUAUUGUCGGGAAUCCCGUAAGCUACUUGCUUCGUCAAGAAAACGCUACUGUUACCGUUUGUCAUUCUCAUACGGAAAAUCUACCAGAGCAAAUUGCAAAAGCAGAUAUCUUAGUUGCUGCAUUAGGCAAACCAGAGUUCGUUCGUGGAGAAUGGCUUAAGCCGGGUGCAGUGGUCAUUGAUGUUGGAAUUAAUGCUAUACACCAUAAUGGCAAGCGCACACUAGUUGGUGAUGUCCAUUAUCCUUCUGUUUCUCAAGUUGCUGGCUACAUUACUCCUGUUCCAGGCGGUGUCGGUCCUAUGACUGUUGCAAUGUUAAUGUGUAAUACCGUCAAAGCAGCUGAGCUCUUGAGAAACAAAAGCAUUUUACGUAAAGUUUCCAUCAACGAAAUAGCUCUGAAAGAUCCUGUUCCUUCUGAUAUUGAAAUAACAAAAUCUCAAGAGUUAAAGAAAAUCACCACCGUGGCUAAAGAAUUGGGAAUACAUGAAACGGAAAUCGAAACAUAUGGUCAUUAUAAGGCAAAAGUUGACAUGAAACUAUAUGAGCGAUUGAAGCAUCGUAAUGAUGGUCACUAUAUUGUUGUCAGUGGAAUCACUCCUACACCGUUCGGGGAGGGAAAGAGUACCGUAGUUGCGGGACUGGUUCAAGCUAUUGGUCAUUUAGGUAAACUGGGUAUUGCUUGUGUUCGUCAACCCUCCCAAGGCCCCACCUUUGGCGUUAAAGGUGGAGCAGCUGGUGGUGGUUAUGCCCAAUUUGUUCCUAUGGAUGAUUUUAACUUGCAUAUGACGGGUGAUAUCCAUGCCGUUACAGCUGCUAAUAACCUUUUAGUUGCUGCUCUUGAAACCAGGAUGUUUCAUGAAAGCACACAAAGUGAUGCAGCUUUGAUUAGAAGAUUGCUACCUUUAAAGGAUGGUCGUCGUGUUAUUCCUAAAGGUUUGCUUCAAAGAUGGAACAAAAUCUGCAAUAAUUUAGGUCAUGACCCAAGUGAACUUGAAAAUGUCAGUCAGGAAUUGUUGGAGAAAUUUGUUCGCCUAAAUAUUGACCCUGAAACUAUUACCUCCAAUCGUGUCUUAGAUGUUAACGAUCGCUUUUUAAGAGAAAUUGAACUUGGUUUAGCCUGCACCGAAAAGGGACGGAGUCGGAAGACUUCCUUUGACAUAUCCGUCGCCAGUGAAUGUAUGUCAAUUUUGGCUCUUUCAAAUGAUUUGAAAGAUAUGAGACACCGCUUAACCAAUAUGGUAAUCGCCAAUGACAAAAAAGGUGAUCCGGUAACUGCUGGAGAUCUUGGUGUAGCAGGAGCUAUGGCUGUCUUGUUAAAAGAUGCUAUUAAACCUAACCUUAUGCAGACGCUGGAAGGUACACCUGUUUUGGUACACGCCGGGCCGUUUGCAAACAUCAGUAUUGGCGCUUCUUCCACUAUAGCUGACAAAGUUGGCCUUAAACUAGCUGGUACAGAAUCCUUUGAAAAUGCUGAUAAGGCUGGUUAUGUUGUCACCGAGGCUGGUUUUGCUUCUGACAUGGGUAUGGAAAAGUUUUUCAACAUCAAAUGUAGAAGCUCAGGAUUGAAACCAAGUGCAGUAGUUUUAGUGGCCACAGUAAAAGCUCUUAAGCUUCAUGGUGGUGGCCCAGAACUUAAGCCCGGUGCACCUUUGCCCGAUGAAUACCUCUUAGAGAAUCUGGAUCUUGUUCGCAGAGGCUGUGCGAAUAUGGUUCAACAUAUACGAAAUUCUCAAAAAUUCAACGUCCCGGUGGUGAUAGCAAUUAAUAGCUUUAGAACCGAUACUAACAAGGAAUAUGAAAUUAUUCGUCAAGAAGCUCUCGAUGCUGGAGCCGUUGACGCUAUCCCUUCCUACCAAUUUAGUAAGGGUGGUCAGGGAGCCAUUGGUUUGGCGGAAGCCGUAAUGAAAGCUUGCUCUACCCCCAAUGAAGGUGGGUUUAAGUUUCUGUAUGAUACGAAGGCCCCGAUCGAAGAAAAAAUUACAACUAUCGCGAAGGAGAUGUACGGUGCUAAAGGGGUUGAGUUUAGUCCUUUGGCGGAAAGACGUAUGAAGGAUUUUAAGCGUCAAGGAUACGAGCGUUUACCCAUUUGUAUGGCUAAGACUCAAUAUUCACUUUCGCAUGACCCUAAGCUGUUAAACGUUCCUAAAGACUUCGUCGUACCGAUUCGUGAUAUGCGUUUGAAUGCUGGAGCUGGGUUUAUCUAUCCCUUAACAGCUAAAAUCCAAACCAUUCCUGGUUUACCUACGGCUCCUGCUUAUCUUAAUAUAAAUUUGACUGACGAUGGUGAAAUCUUGGGUCUUUCUUAA